CUCUCCGAGGAUCUUGAUUUUGUCCUUCUUGCUGUUGUUACUUGUGUCCUAAGUGUGAGUGUGUUUGUGUAUGAGUGCGUGCGUGUGUGUUUCUUCAUGCCUGCCGCGUCCGGGAGCGAGUCGCCACCACUAUGCGAGCCCAAAUUGAAGUUAUACCAUGCAAAAUCUGUGGAGACAAGUCCUCAGGGAUCCAUUAUGGGGUCAUCACAUGUGAAGGGUGUAAGGGUUUUUUCAGGAGAAGUCAACAGAACAACGCUUCUUACUCGUGCCCUCGGCAGCGCAACUGCCUGAUCGACAGAACCAACCGCAACCGCUGCCAGCACUGCCGCCUGCAAAAGUGUCUCGCUCUGGGCAUGUCACGCGACGCUGUAAAGUUCGGCCGAAUGUCAAAAAAGCAGCGUGACUCGCUAUAUGCCGAGGUCCAGAAGCACCAGCAGCGGCUGCAGGAACAGCGACAACAGCAGACAGGUGACGUUUACUCGUCCAGUCUGAGCACUCUCGGGCACGACCUGGGUGCUGCCUACACCAACGGACAUGUCAUUGACAUGGCCAAGACGCAUGCCAACGGUGCAGCCUCUACCUACUACAGCAUGGACUCGACCCAGCCGAGCCCAGACCAGUCCGGACUGGACAUGGCAGGCAUAAAGCCCAUCAAACAGGAGCCUGGCUAUGACCUGACACCUGUGCCCGACCUCUUCCCCUACAACUCGUACCAGGACAGUCAGCUAGCACCUGGAGUGUCCAUGGGGGAGCUUGACCGAAUUGCACAGAAUAUAAUAAAGUCGCAUUUGGAGACGUGCCAGUACACAGGUGAAGAGCUACAACAGCUGUCCUGGCAAACACACUCAUAUGAGGAGGUCAAGAUCUACCAAAGCAAGUCACGGGAGGCGCUGUGGCAACAGUGUGCAAUUCAGAUCACUCAUGCCAUUCAGUACGUGGUGGAGUUCGCCAAGCACAUCACCGGCUUCAUGGAACUUUGUCAGAACGACCAGAUACUGCUGCUCAAAUCAGGUUGUCUGGAGGUGGUGUUGGUAAGAAUGUGCAGAGCGUUUAACCCUCUCAACAACACGGUUCUGUUCGAGGGUAAAUACGGUGGCAUUCAGAUAUUCAAGGCACUUGGCUGUGAUGAUCUCGUCAGCGCCAUGUUCGACUUCGCCAAGAGUCUGUGCUCUCUGCAGCUAACGGAAGAGGAGAUCGCACUGUUCUCCGCAGCCGUUCUCAUCUCCACAGAUCGGCCUUGGCUAAUGGAACCGAGGAAAGUCCAGAAGCUUCAGGAGAAAAUCUAUUUGGCCCUCCAGCACAUUAUGCAGAAGAAUCACAUGGAUGAAGACGCACUGACUAAGCUGAUUGGUCGAAUCCCUACGCUAGCGGCCUUGUGCACCCUGCAUGCGGAGGAGCUUCAAGCUUUCCAGCAGUUACACCCUGAAACAGUUAACAUGCUUUUCCCUCCACUUUACAAGGAGCUUUUCAAUCCUGAUGCAGCCAGUGUCAUGUCUAAGUGAUAAAGGUUUAAAAAAUAAAUAAAUGAAGGGAAACGAGCACGAUGGGAGAAGUUCCAGGGGGCUGAGUCACUGAGGCAGAAGAGGCGGAGCCAAGUGGGUCACCUUGACAACGCGGCGAUGUUGGCGUACAGCAAUCUGAGGCAACGGAAAUAGUGGUAGAACUUCAGAAUGUCCAGCACUUCAACCAUUCGACUUCAGUUUCACCGAUCCAGUCAAAAGAAUGUAUAUACGCACCUGUUAGUGAGGAUCUGACCAGAAAUGUACAGACUUUAGAGCAAUCAUUUAAUA